CUAAAAACACUGCCUCUACUGCGUGAAACGAAUCACCGAACCACCGAACGAAUCACAAAAGUAAUGAGUUUGUAAAGUAUGUAGCGUAAAGUAUGCCUUGAUGGAAUGGAAUAAAGUUGAAUAUAAAACAGCAAACCUUUGGAAUUCAGAGAACAUAGACAAACCGGUUUCUCUAAUUAUUAUACGACCAAAUUAGGAGACAUAGUUCAGUUUAGUAAUAGUAUUAGUAAGGUAUUUUAAAUCAACAGCAUUAGAUUAGAUUGCGUCUGUGAAGUGAAGUGAGCAAAGUUUUGUUUGCUUGCAUUUUGCAAUCGCUUUGUUUUUGUUAUCUCGGACUAAAUAUCGUUUUAAAGUGUUAUAAACAAGUUUUAAAGCUGUAAAAAAUUAUCAGAAUUUAGAAUGUCUAGUUCUGAGAGUGAUAAAGAGGUGCAAAAUACACCUCCAAAGAAAAAGAAGUACAGUGUCAGCUAUAAGCCGGAUUGGGAAAAAGAUGAUCUGUUUGAGGGAUGGUUAUCAAAAAGUAAUAAAGGUCCAGAUUUCGCUUAUUGUAAAGUGUGCUCUUGCGAUAUAAAUAUAACGAGAGGGGGUAAAAAUGAUAUUAAAAGACAUAAAGAGACAAAAAAACACGAAAGCAAUAAGCUGAAAAUUCGAGGUCAACAGAGUCUAGACCAGAUGUUUACAAAAAAAUCUACAUCGUUAGAAAAACUAGUAAAACAAUCAGAAAUAAGAAUCGCCGCAUUCAUAGUUGAACAUAAUAUUCCGAUCAAUGUGAUGGAACAUUUCCCAGAUUUAAUAAGAGCAGUAUGCCCAGAUUCUGAAGUUGCAAAAAGGAUUACCUGUGGACGUACUAAAACAACAAAAAUUAUUUCGGAGGUGUUGGGAAGAAGUGACGUUGACAUCAUGGUUGAAGCCAUGCAGACAAAUAAAUUUUCAUUAACAGCUGAUGAAAGUACUGAUAAAAGUACAAAAAAGCAUUUGGCAGUAAUUGUGAGGAUUGCUCGAAAUAAUCUGAAAGUAAAUAUUAUGUUUAUAAUGUAA